AUGGCGCGAUCAGACGUCGCAAGCAGAGCGGCGGGCGGCGGAAGGUGGCGCGGAAGGGUGGCAGCGUUGGCGUAUCUCGCCGCUUUUGCGCUCGCUAUAGGGGUGAACUUGAACCCUCUGUACCGAUCCAAACCGCAGCAAAUGGCACACGAUCCUCUUCUCUCUCUACCCCUUCCUCCCCCUCUUUCCCCUAUGCUUCCUCCCUCUUUUUACCCUCCGCCUCCUUCCCCUCCCGUCUUUCCUCCGCCCGUUCCUCUCCGUUCUCCUCCUCCUUCUGUUUCCCCUCCCCCUCCUUCUCCUCCCCUUUCCCCCCCUCCUUCUGUUACCCCUCCGCCUCCUUCUCCUCUUCUUUCUCCUCCUCCUCCUCUGAAAGAAGAGACAGCAGCAGCAGCACCAGCAGAAGCAGCAGCACCAGCAGCAGCAGCAGCAGCAGCAGCAGCACAAGCAGCAUCACAAGAACCAGCACCAGCGCUCGUGACAGGUGCCCCUCCCUCGCCAGUCGUUUCGGCUGCAGACGCGGCAGCGGACGCAGAGGAAGGGCAGGAGAGUCUGCAAGCGGGGCUGACUAUAGUGAAUACAUCUAGUGAUCCCGGUGCAGUCUGCCUGGACGGCUCGCCUCCAGCCUUCAACUGGCAUCCUGGCAGGGGCACGGGGAAGAACAAGUGGAUUCUCUAUCUUGAGGUGGGUGCUGUGCGGUGGAGCAUGUGCACUGCACAGGAUCUUUCCAUCCGCCUUCAACUGGCAGCCUGGGAGGGGCAUGGCAUGGGGAGGAACAAGUGGAUUCUUUACCUUGAGGUGGGCGCUGUGCGGUGCAAAGUGGUGAUAUGCGAUGCAGUAAAUAACAGUGCAGUAAGGUGCGGUACUGUGGGGGUGGAAGUUUCCCCUCUGACUUUCAACUGGCGUCCUGGCAGAGGCACAGGGAGGAAAAAGUGGAUCCUGUAUCUUGAGGGCGGGGCGUGGUGCGAGGACUCGGCUCACUGCAUUGACCGCAGCUUCUCCAACUUCGGCUCUUCCACCAAGAUGGGCGACUGGCUGCUACAGGGCCUGCUCUCUUCCAGCAGAACAACCAAUCCUGGUAAGAGGAGCAUCGAGUGUUCUCUACUGUCAUGGAGCUUCCUGUCAUGGACGCCGCUCACUGCAUCGUCCGCAGUUUCUCCUAACUUCGGCUCUUCCACCAAGAUGGCCAGCUGUCUGCUGCAAGGGCUGCUCUCGUCCAGCCACUUCUUCAACUGGAACCUGGUCUACAUCCGCUACUGUGAUGGGGCCUCUUUCGUCGGCAACGUUGACGAGCCACUCAAAGACCAUGAGGGCAAGCCUCAGGUCUACAUGCGUGGUCGCCGUGUCUUCAACGUCAUAAUCUCCCACCUGCUGGCCCACCACGGCAUGCGCUCAGCCUCCCACGUCCUCCUCUCCGGCUGCUCGGCUGGCGGCCUGGCUGCCCUCCUCCUGUGCGACAGCCUGGCUGACCGCAUGGGGAGGGAGGGUGGGGAGGAGCUUGAGGGAGUGGGGGGAGGAAGGGGGGAAGAGGGAGGGGGGGAGAAGGGAGGAGUGGGAGGGAGGGAAGGAGGAGUGGUGGUGAAGUGCAUGUCGGAUGGAGGUUACUUUCUGGAUGCGAGGGAUGUGGGCGGCAGCAGGCACUUUCUGAGGGACACCAUGUUCCGUCCGGUUACCGCGUUACAUAACGUCACUCUGAACCCCCACUGUCUCGCCUCUCGGCCUGCCAACGACAGCUGGCAGUGUUUCUUCCCACAGCACUUCCUCCCCUUCCUCCGCACGCCCUUGUUCAUUCUCAACUCGCUCUACGAUUCAUGGCAGGUAAGGCUUGCUCUCUUCUCUUGCAAUUCUAAUGCGCGCCUUUCCCUUCCUUCCUCCGCACGCCCUCCUUCAUUCUCAACUCUCUCUACAACUCCUGGCAGGUAUUAA